UUUAUUUAUUUUUCCAAACAAAUCGCGUGUACGGCUUGUACAUUUAUAAAUUAGUUUUCAACAAUUUCCAACAUGUUUGUCCUUUCGGAAUUGAAGGAUACAGUACGAAUAGCUCCGGAGCUAUUUAAUUUGAAGCUCCCAGAAGCAAUCAAGGAUGAAAUAAACAGGAAACUAGCCAACAAAGUCCUUUACAACGUAGGUCUCUGCAUAGCUUUGCAGAAUAUUGUUUCGUUGGGGGAUUCAAUUAUCCUCCCUGGGGAUGGGGCAUCGCACACCGAAGUCAUCUUCCGGUAUAUAGUCUUCCGUCCAAUUAUUGGGGAAGUCAUCACGGGGAAGAUUCGUAGCUGUAGCCGCGAAGGGGUGCAUAUUACUCUGGGAUUCUUCGAUGACAUCCUCAUCCCACCAGCUGUUCUGCAGCAUCCAUCGCGCUUUGAGGAGACAGAACAGGCGUGGGUGUGGGAGUACCCCCUCGAGGAUGGUGGGAAGCAUGAUCUCUUCAUGGAUAUUGGCGAGAAUAUCAAGUUCCGCGUGACAGGAGAGAAUUUCGAGGAAGCAUCCCCAGUGGGUGGGCAGACGGCGGAGAAGAACAAUCUCCCAAGUAUGUCAUCCUCAUCAACAGGAGACGUCAGUAAGACGCCGUACAAAAUCUUUGGAGCCAUCAAUGAAUCCGGAUUGGGUCUUCUCUCAUGGUGGGCACACGACAAUGCAAACGCUGAGGACGACGAAGGUGAUGAGGAAUCGCAGGACAAUGAAAAUACAUGAUCAUCAUUAUUAUCAUGUUUUAUUUACAUUAUUUUUAAUUAUAUUGCUACAAUUAUAUUUAAUUUUUUAAACAUA